AUGCGUUUCAAUAAUCUGGUGGGCUUCGGCCUUCUGGCAGUCGAGUCUGCCCUCGCAGUCCCCUGCCCACCGGCAAGCACCGCAACCGCAACCCUCGAUGUGACUACUACCGCGACGCUGAGUAUCACUGAUGCGGCGACCGACACCGUUACAGACACUGUGUUUGAGACCAAUACCGUUAACUCAACGGCCGUGGUGACCUCUACAGAGGUGGAUGUUAUUGCUACGACUACUACCGCAACUGUCAACGCCACAGAGACUGAGUUUACUACUGUCAACUCAACGGUCGUCUUCACGUCUACAGAGACUGAUGUGGACGUUGCCACCACAACUGCUACUGUCAACUCUACUGCUGUCUUCACCAUCACAGAGACAGCGGAGGUCACCAGCACGGAGACUAACACUGUCAACAACACAGCUGUGUUCACGACCACCGAGGUUGAUGUCGAGACCAGCACCGAGACUGCUACAGUCAACUCCACGGUGCUAUUCACGUCCACAGAGACUGACUUCACCACCGAAGCGGCUACUGCCACAACUGUUGUCUUCGUCACAAACUCAACCACGGUCACUCAGACUUCCACUGUCAAUGCUACAGAGACAGCCUUCGAGACUGAUACAGUUCUCACCACUGCUACGGUGAACGCUACCUCAACUGUCAAUGCCACGUCUACAACAGUUGAGACCAACACGGCUUUCGUUACUUCAACUGUUGAUACCACUGCAACUGUAAACACCACGGCCACGGAUUUCGUCACUUCUACCGUCAACACUACAGCCACUGCUUUCGAGACUGAUACAGCUUUCACUACUGCAACAGUCAACACCACUGUAACUUCAUUCGAGACUGAUACAGUUUUCACGACUGCAACAGCGAAUACUACUGCAACAGACUUUGUCACUUCAACUGUCAACACUACAGCUACAGCCUUCCAGACUGACACGGUGACUUCAACUGUCAAUACUACAGCCACUGCUUUCGAGACUGACACAGCCUUCACUACCGCAACAGUCAACACCACAGCUACAGCCUUCCAGACUGACACGGUGACUUCAACUGUCAAUACUACUGCGACAAGCACAAACACUGUGACAACAACCCAGACUGUCUUUGUAACAGCUACAGUAACCCCAACCGAGGUGACAUCUACAGAGACCAGCACUGAGACUGAGACUGUAGAUGCGACUUCUGUAGUGACUGAUACUGUUGACUCAACUUCUACGGUGGUUGUUACUGCCACUGUGACAUCCACCGCUUCAGCGGCCCCCGCUUCUUCGGACACAACCAGUGCUUCCGGAGCAGCAACUACUACAACCGUCGUAGCAGCAGUUACUACGAGCGCUACUAGCGAGGCUGCCGCUUCGGCCUCAACGUCUUCUCCCGCAACAGCUUCCUCUGACACUACAUCCGCAGCUACUGGAGCUGCCACUACCACAACCGUGGUAGCAGCGGGUACUACAAGCACUACUACUGAUCCUACUGCUUCUGCCACUGGAGCAGCCACCACGUCAUCUUCCUCUGCUGUUGAUGGCGCCCCCGUCGAUGACACUCCUACGACUUCAUCGGCUAGCCCCGCGGGCACUACGACUGCAACUACUACUGUUGAUGCCACUACCACAACCACAACUGGUGCCUAG